AUGGCGAGUGGAGCGGCAGGGGGAAACUACUACGAGCGGAUCAGCAGGCUGUCCGAGCGGUUGUCUGGCUUGCAGCAAGGCCUCGAGCAUGAGCGCAACUCGCGCUUCGAUCAGCUCAGUCAGCGCAUGUACGAUGUCGACUUGAAGCUCCAGCAAAGCCAGGAGUCUCUCCAUUCAGACCUAGCGCUCCUCAAGGAUCAGCUCCUGAAGUUCCAGCGCGACUUUGACGAGGAGCGGUUGGGCCGCGAGGCCAUGACGGAGUCACGCUCCAAAGAGCUUGGCGCUGCGGACAUGCGGCUGCAGCAAGCACUGGAGGCAGAGCAGCAGGCCCGGCGGGAUGCGGAGGCAAAGGUCUUGAGAACCUUCGAUGAGCGGACGGCGCUGCUUCGAGAGGAAAUCGCUCGUGAAGGACGCUCCCGGGCCGAAGCCGAAGCUGCCCUACGCCGGUACGUCGACGUGGACAUACCCAAGUUGUACGAAAGCCUGCGAGAGGAAGCCCAGUCCCGCGAGACCAUGGAAGACCGCAUCGUCAGGCGAGCAUCCGACGAGAUCGCGAGACUGCAAGAGGCCAUCCUCACAGAGAAGAAGGCCCGGGAAGAUACAGAAGAGGCGCUUCUGAGGAUGAUGGAGGACACAGUUGCCAAGAUGAGGGCCGAGAUUGCCCAGGAACGGGCUGACAGGGAGACCACCGAGGAAACUCUCUUGAAGUUGCUGGAGGAGACUUGCAACAAGCUGAAUGCGGCCUCCCAGGUGUUGUGA